UUAAUUAACACCACUAUUUUCAAACCGAGUGGGUCAUCCUCCCAGCAUAGACGAGCUUUGGUGGCACUGCUCUGACGCGGCUCUCUGGCUGGCAGCUUGUCAAGGUGGAAGACUCGCAUCUCGUGGACGAAAUGUCUCCGUAGCAGAAAAGGCUGCUGAGCCCCUGAAGGCAAUUUCUGACAUGGAUGCUGCACCUGAGCCUGUGUAAACCGGUUUUACUGUGUCAUUUUUACACUGCUCUCAGACUGAAUGACAAGAGAUGAGACACUGCAGCCCUAGACCACAUCAUGAGUAUCCAGAGUCUGGGAGGAGCUAUAGGAGAGUCCCUAGGCUCUAGUCUGACGGUGCGUAUGAGCGGGUGGAGUGCUCUCUCCCUGAAGCCUGUUUCCUCUGGGCGGAUCACCUCUCUAUUCCAGACCAUGGUCCCCACUGGUUAUACCAAGCUACAGGAGGAGCGGCUAGCCAUGGUGGACCUCGGAGCUAAACCUGAGGCCGGCUCGCACCAGAAUGGCUACAGACAAGAGACAUCACACACAGAAGGCCGACGGCUCCUGGACCGGGCCUCUCGGUCCUCUGUCAGUUUAUCUGACUGUGGAGAUGGGGGCUACUCUGAAACAGAGCCCAUGCUGACUGAGAGGAGGCUCUCCGGGGAGGAGGCAGAUGCAGAGGAGGAAGAGGAUGAGGAGCAAGGCCUGGGAUCUGAUGUGCAGAAUAUACCCAAGGAGUCUCCGCUGGCCAUGGCUCUGCAGAUCUUGCUGCCUUUCCUGCUUGCUGGAUUUGGAACUGUAUCAGCUGGAAUGGUGCUGGAUAUUGUGCAGCACUGGGAGGCGUUCCAGUACAUCACAGAGAUCUUCAUCCUGGUUCCCGCUCUGCUCGGCCUCAAGGGAAACCUGGAGAUGACUCUGGCCUCAAGGCUGUCCACAGCGGUGAAUGUAGGCAAGAUGGAUUCUCCCAUAGAGAAGUGGAAUCUAAUCAUAGGCAACCUGGCACUGAAGCAGGUUCAGGCCACAGUGGUGGGUUUCCUGGCCGCUGUAGCAGCCGUGGUUCUGGGCUGGAUUCCGGAGGGGAAGUUCCAGAUGAGCCACGCUGUGCUUCUCUGCUCCAGCAGCGUGGCCACGGCCUUCAUAGCCUCCCUGCUGCAGGGUAUCAUCAUGGUGGGUGUAAUUGUGGGUUCAAAGAAGACGGGCAUCAACCCAGACAACGUAGCCACACCAAUUGCCGCCAGUUUUGGUGACCUCAUAACCUUGGCGAUCCUGGCCUGGAUAAGCCAGGGCCUCUACAAGUGCCUGGAUUCCUACCCGUAUGUGUCGUCACUGGUUUGCGCCUUCUUCAUGUGUCUGACUCCUCUGUGGAUCGUCAUCUCCUCCAAGCACCCAGCCAGCCGCACCCUGCUGUACUCUGGAUGGGAGCCAGUCAUCACUGCCAUGGUCAUCAGCAGCAUCGGAGGUCUCAUCUUGGACAAAACCGUGUCUGACCCAAAUCUGGCUGGCAUCGUAGUGUACACCCCGGUUAUCAAUGGAAUUGGGGGUAAUCUGGUGGCUAUUCAAUCCAGCAGAAUCUCCACUCACCUGCAUUUACAUUGUGUUCCUGGGGAGGUUCCUGACGAGGCCAAGGGCUGCUACUACCCCUGCCGCACAUUCUUUGGUACAGGAGCCAAUCAUCGCUCGGCUCAGGUGCUCCUCCUUUUGGUGAUCCCAGGUCACCUGAUCUUCCUUUACACCAUCCACCUGAUGAAGAGCGGACACACAACCUUGACACCCAUAUUUAUGUCCGUCUACCUGGCUGCUGCCAUGCUGCAGGUGUUGCUUUUGUUGUGCAUAGCAGACUGGAUGGUGCACUCCAUGUGGCAGAGCGGCAAAGAUCCAGACAGUUUUUCCAUUCCUUACCUGACAGCUCUGGGUGACCUGUUGGGCACCGCCCUGCUGGCGCUCAGCUUCCACUUCCUGUGGGUCAUAGGAGACCAGGACAGCGAUGUAGGCGACUGAGCAGCUUUUUACGAAAGUACAUCUAUGGUGACAGGAGCCUUGCUGUCUGCCAUCCAACUUCUUAUGCCCCUUAAGCCUUGUGGGAAUGUGGGUACUCUGUAUCGCUGGCCAGCACAUUCCACUGCCUCACUUCACUUAAAACACAUGAUGGUUUGAAAACAAUUUUUUGCUCCUGGCUUUUUCAAGAUAUUAUAUUCCAUAAAUUUAGACUGUUCUCAGUACAGAUUUUGAUCUGUAUAGUUUGCACCAAAGCACUAGCAUGUAUUGCUGGUCUUGUGAAAAGGAACGCCGCCCACAACGCUGAGGAAACCUUGCUGCUGUUGGCAAGGUGUUCUACUCUGCCAGGCAAGUUCAGUUGGAGGUCUUCUACUUAUAAACAGUCUCUUUGGCUGGUAGAUAUUUGGGGGAUUUACUGCCCAUCAUGUCACAAAAUUAGUUACCUGCUUUGUGUAUUACUGCUUUGCAUCAUCAAGUCAGUGGAGGGACACAGAGACAGAUGUGGUGGAAAGAAAGUGAAGUUUGUCCGAGAACAAAUCUUAAACACACACUUGCCAUGUUAGCAGGUCUACCAGCACCAAAGUUAAAAGGGAAUAACAUGAAUUUGUGUUGAUGGUACGAGAAGCCAAUAUUUCUUCUUGUCUGAUUUAGUUUUUUUGUUGUGUUUUUUCAGAUUCAGUUUAGUGAAUUAUGCUUCCAUGGGAACAACUAAAUAAAAUAAAUUGAUAAAGUUAAUUUAGUUCCAGUUCAAAAGUAUCUUCAUGGCCCGACAGCCAACACUUCAUGGGACCAGAUUGUUUACAUGGGAGGAGUUGUUUCUGCCAGAACACCUUACUGGUUAGCUUUAGGCACCAAAACUACUACAGAAAGCCUUUCUGCCAGACAGCCCUGAAGGCAAACUUCUCCCAUGUGCCUGGGUUGUGGCCCAGUUUUUGAGAACUGACCCUUCACUAAACCUCUCCCUCAAAAAGCUACUGCCCAAUCAUAGCUUAGCAACCUUAAGUAGGCACGGCGGAGCUGUACUGUAAGCUUUGAAUUUAUCCAUGUUUAAGCUGUGUUCAUGGAGCUAAAACAUCUGGGGUUAGGGUUAGAUGAGGUUGUCUUCUUUUAUUACCAUUCCAAAGCCAAAACCACAAGAGCAAAAAGUGUAAGGAAGGGAUUAAACAGUGUUUAUCUGCUCCAAUGAAAGCUGCAAUCAUCCAGCUAACUAACUUUUACCUACAGUACAGUAAUAACCGAGUGGUACUUCUAGGACUUACAUUCAGUGUUUUAUUAACGUCCUAUAUUACUUUGUGGGGUUAAAGGUAACGUCACAGCUAGCACACCCACUAUUACCCAAGAUAGCAUUACAUUUGCCAAACACAAGACUUCCCUCUUGUGACUUUAAAAUUAAAAAACAUACUGUUUGAACGUACAAACAAGUAUGCACUUAGAGCAGCCAAACAGUUACUAUCUGAUCUAACAUUUUUUAAAGAACAGUGUUAUAUCUUUUAUUUACGAUUACAUGUUGUGGAUUACAUCCGUCAUUAACUGGUACGGUUGCUAACUUAUUGACUGGGACCGGCAGCUUUAGCCUCAGUCUUUUAGCAUUAUGUAGCACUUACUGUUAUGCAGACAUCAAAUGCAAUUUCAGAACCCAUAUGGGCAGGCGCCAAACUAAAAAUGAGAAGCUAAUUUUGUUCUACCACUGUCUCAAGGACCCAUGUUUCAGAAAAUACUACGAGCCUUUUUGGUAAAUCUGCCAUCCUUAUAAUUAUAAACUGCAUAUGGCUGCAUGAGAACAGAAAGCUUCGACAGACGUAGCAGCAGGUACUGAGGGGAGCGGGGCUUAGUGAAUGGUCAAUUAUAUCUUUGGAUCAACCAAUCCACUGGGACGUUUAUGUGUAUUAGCCUUAGCCUCCCGUUACAUUCUGUAAAUGUUAGAAAUUCUCUGACACUCAUGUUAAACAAACCAUGAAAUCCUUUGUAUAUUAUGUCAGCCGUGUUCCUUCUCAUUUGUUUCCUGUGUUUAUUUGUCCUGCCUCGGUGGGGGUCCGGCUGCGGGGGCUGCGCGGUGGAUGCUAAUCACAUGCUGUUUACUGUGCAUGUACUGUAUGCAUAGUAUCUACAUUCAUACACACAGUUAAUCAGUAGUUUUCCUUUGAGCAUAGUCUGAUUUCCUACUAUAUAAACUAAUCGCAUAAUCAGUGUAAACAUAACCUGAUUAAAUGCCACAUUUCUGCUUGAUUUCAUUUCAUUUUUUCAAAUAUGCCAUGCUUUUUAAAGGUCAGAGAACAUUGAUCCAGAUGAAGAACCCUGAUUAUUAAGUGAAUCCUUCUAACUCCAGGAGAAAUGACAUGGGAAAGAUCAUCUUAGAAUAAACUCCUAAACCAAAUCAACUCCAUAAGUUGAUAAUUCAGCAGCAUAUUGUGUGCAUGUGAACAUCAGUGGCUCUCUUCAACUCCAAUAUGUGCCUCUUGAGAUUCACUGGUUUAACAAGGUAUUUUUCUCUGUCAUGUCAUGAAUGCAAUUUUCUUCCUACUGCUUUGUAAUGCUGUGCAAUGAUUUCUUUUUCUUCUCAUUUUCGAGUUUUAUUCCAAAAUGAGAUGUCUGCCAUUUUAAUCACAACUUUCCUAUAGAUAUCAAAGUUGUCAGAAUCUAGAGGGUGGCAUUUGGGUUCAAAAUGGAUACAUUUCCUUUGGUAUGAAACCCUUAAUUUGCUUUUGUGGCUCAUAUGGGCCAGAAAUGUCUAAAUAAAUGUCUUUGAAUUGAAAAGCA